AGAUGCAGUUUUAAAAUUUUUUAAGGACCAAACGUGCGAUCUUUCUAAAAACAUUAAAAUUUGCGUUUUGCUUUAUCACUGAUAGCGUAAAUUAUUUGGUGCUUGUUUUGUUUUGAUCCGGGUGUUCGCACAGCCACGGUGGGUUAGCCGAAGACCAUGUUUCAAAUCAUCAAAACAGGGCAGACGAUAAAGCCGUCCAACCCGACCACUCUAACAUCCGAUUUACAACUGCUGGAUUUCGACCAGACAAAAUCGGCUUCGCCACCGCCUCUGAUCUUGAGGACCUACGCCAAUAGUAAGCAGUACUCGCAAGGGUCACCAAACGCUUCUGGGACCAACAACAGCGCCAAGCGACAGUUCAUCAAGGUCAACGAGGAAGUGUUUGUAAGCGAAAUCAAGAAGCGUCCGGUACUCUAUAAUACGCACCUCAAAGACUACAAACGGUUUAGUGGCCGGCACGAGGCUUGGUCCGAGGUGGCGGCGGCCGUGAAUCUGUCGGAAAAUGAAUGCAAGAAGCGGUGGCGAAGUCUUCGGGAUUCCUUCAUGAAGGUGGUCCGGAACAAGGACGAAGAGGAACGAAAGAGCUGGAUCCACUAUCGGCUGCUGGAAUUCCUGAUGCCGUACAUUGGGAAAAAUCUUUAUUCUAGAAGCAAACGAAUCCGACCUUUGGAUUUCAGCGAUCUGGACGAGGAUACCGAAUAUGUGGAGCUAGAGGACAAUAUGGAGAUCUACGAGGGCGAGCGAAGAGAACCGAUAACGGUUUCGUACGUCACGGAAGACGGAAAGGAAGUUUUCCAAAUACUACAAGAUCCAGACACGAUACCGGAAGGCACUGUUAUAGGAAUUGAGGAAACCGAAGAAGAAGACAACGGGGAGAAUGAUGAAGAAAUCGAUGGGACAGUUCACGUACUAACGACUCUACAUCAGCAACAACAGCAGAUCGAGGAACAUACCCCGAGUACCACUUCCUUCAUUUACGAAGAACGAUUAGAUUCCACAAUUCUUGACAUCCACGAAUCCUACGGCCCAUCUAUUACUGGGAAGCAUCUGUUUGCCGAAGAAGAUCCCAACGAUAACGUGAAAGACGAAUCACUAUCCGAAGUGGACGGAUCUGAAAUUCACGUCGAGGAAAUCGAAAUGGACUCACUGAUCUCGGAACCGCCGGAAACUGAUCGCAUGAGUCCGGAACCAAUGAACGAAACAGAAAUGAUUGAAACGAUGUCGCAAACAACCAUCCAAAAUGAUAAUCAGCCUUCUAAUCUCGAGCAGCAAGAAACGCAACCGAUUGCUUCGAUUUCGGUUACUUCGAAUAAUAUAGUCAAUCAAUCGAUGAUUGUGUCCUCGAUCCAACAACCCCAGCAAGUGAUGACCCCACAUAUACCAGUGGAACAACCUAAAGAAGAUUGUGUUCCUUCCAGCUCCCAGAUGACCACUUUUCGUGAAUCACAAGACAGCGGAAACAGUAAAUCUCUAUGCAACGAUGCGGACGAAAGGUUUCUCCUAUCUUGUGCCCCCAUUCUUCGUCGGCUGACGAAUAAAAAGAACCAGCUGGCACGGUUAAAGAUUCAACAACUUUUGUUCGAGCUGGAGUACGAUGAGAAAUAUAGCAGUUGAUAGUUGUUGUUUUGAGAGUUUUUAACCAAGGCUUUCUUUUCUUUGCUAUCCCGAAAUAUUCCUGCCUUCUAAUUUUGUGGAUAAAGUACCAUUUUAUGUUGCUUAUAUUAGCCGGAAUACCUAAUGAGUAAUAAAAUUGAUACGAUAUGGGGGAAAGAGAAUAAAUUACCUCCUCAGAGAACAAGAUCCAAUACAAACGAACCCAGAUCGGAGUCCGAUUUUUCGGGGUCCGGAUUUCCUGGGUUGUGGUGGGCAUUCCGCGAUCCGACUUCGCCCUCAUCUUCAUCAUUCGCCAGGAACAAGUGCUGCCGUCCCUCUACCGGUGGCCGUUGUUAGGACUGGCUCAUCAGGCUGGCCAUCAGGAAUUCCAUUUUGUUGUGGAAGUUUUUCCCUUCCAUUUUGUCGAAGCGCACCUGAGAUGAUUGUGAAGUUUAGAUUAGACAACUGAAUUUAUUUUGUCCAUCUUCCAUCAACCUACCUCUUUGA